CCCUGCCAGCGACGCGUGGGCUUUUGGGGUGACGCUGUGGGAGGUGCUGACCCGGUGCAGGGAGCAGCCCUACGGGGCGCUGAGCGAUGAGCAGGUGAUCGCCAACGCGGGCCGCCACUGCCGAGGCCAUGGGGAGCCGCGAAGCGGUUAUUAUGGCGGCAACAGCAACGGCGGCUCCGGGGGAUGUCUGUGGGGGUCCCGGCGGCCUCACCCCAUCCCCACCGCGCUAUUUCACCUUCGACAUCCCCCGAACCCCAGCGGGACCCCACGGCCGCGUCGUCGGCACCGCAGGGUCCUGUAUCCACCCGUGGUGCGACGGCCGCCCCCAACGGAAGAAGUCAGCCUGGCCACGCGGCUCCUCCUGGUGUUGUUGGCAGUGGUCAGCGUUCAGGUUUACAGCGCGCCGGCGGAGACGGUGACAACGCAACCUGGGGAGGUUGAGGUGACAACACAGGCGGGAGAGGUGGCCGUGACACCCAAGAUGGUGGCCGUGACACCCAAAGCGGUGACAACACAACCAGGAGAGGUGGCCGUGACACCUGUGGUGGUUGGGAAGACAACACAACCCAGGGAGGUGGUGGUGACACCCGAGAUGGUGGCCGUGACACCCAAAGCGGUGACAACACAACCCGGGGAGGUGGUGGUGACACCCACAGUGGUCAUGGUGACGAUACAACCGGGAGAGGUGGCCAUGACACCCAAGGUGGUUGGGAAGCCAACGCAACCAGGAGAGGUGGUGGUGACAGCCAGGGCGGUCGCGGUGACGCUGAACGUGUCGUCGUUACCACCUCACUUGUCACCACAACCACCACAACCCGAGGAGACGGUCGUGGGGACGUCGCAACCUGAAGGAGCGGUGACACCGGAGAUGGUCGUGGUGACAGCGCGACUUGGGACGACUGUGACACCGCCGGUGACAACGUGCCCACCCACUGGGGGACAGGUGACACCCGUGGGCACCUCCUGCCCACGGUUGUUGCCGUCGCCGACCCCGCGGGCCUACAACAUCACUGCGCACUGACAACCCAGACGGUCACCCUGUUGUCCGGGUGACACCGUACGACUGUCACCUCCGCCUGGAGGUGACACCCAAUGGAUUUGGGGAUGCUUUGGGGGACCGACGCUGCGGUAACGAAGCUGCGGUGGCACCGAGCACCCGUGGGUGCCUCUACCUCACCCUCAGAGCCCCAGUUCUUUGUGGGUCGCUCCGAUAUUUAUUGGUUGGUUGUAUUUAUUGAAGGGAUUAUUUAAUUGUAGGGUAUUUAAUAUUGAACACUAUUUAUUUCGGGGCCGUUUAGCCCCGAUUUUGGAUUAUUUAUUACAGAAAGUGUUGUUUACAACGCG